CCAAGGUUCACGUGAUUGCGAUACUGUAGAAGGAAUCAUGCCUGAACUGCGCCGAAGAACCACGAUAGCUGAGGAUGAAGAAGAACGUCGCUUACAAGAUCGGACAAAUAAAUUUGCAGAAAAAUUUCGCCGAAAUCGAUGGGCCAUAUGGUUAGACUUUGCGGAAACUACUACCCUUCAUGGCCCCAUACACAUCACAAAGACUAAGGGGAAAGCUCAGGAUAUACUAUAGUUUCGUAGUACUGUCCAUGGCCAGUAUGUUUUUAGCGCACGGAGGCUAUUUGUUAAAGCAAUAUCUAAGCUCUCCAAUAUUGACUGAGAUCAAGUACGGCAACAUUGACUUCACCUACCCAGAUAUAACAUUAUGCCCGAAUGCCCCCUUCACCGACCAGGAUGCUCCACCUGGGUCGAAACUGCGAUCCAUCCUGAACACUACUGAAAAUUUCUGGCUCGAUACCAACCAAGUGAAUUUUGGCUCUCCAAGGGCGCACCAAAAACGGAGUGUGUUAUCCACCUUUCACAAAUUGUCAGAAAAGAUAGGCAAAAAACCGUACCAACAUGUUCUGGAAUGUCAGGUUAAAAAUCAGGAAUGUCUGGAGAACUUCAUUAUCACUCAGCAUCCAACCUACUAUCGCUGCUUCACGUUACGAAUAAAAACCAAGCCACCUGUCCCGGCUGGACCCACCAACGGAAUUCGCCUCAUUCUGCAUCGUGGGAAAACGAAUGCUACACCAUUGCUUUUAGUGGCAGAAGAGGAGGCGUCACUAUUGCAGUCGGUGAGCACUCCUGAGGCGUUGGAGAAAAAGGAUGGUUUCUUCAUCGCAUUUCACGAAAAGGGUACAUUCCCUAACUUCCCUGUGCAGUCGCUACCAAAUGGCCUAUCGCUACGCUUCGGCUAUUCAGUACGAAUUGGGUUGGAACAAACACAUCACGAAGCAGUCAGUCUGAAGGGGCGCGAGUGCAUUGAUGGUCAACUUGCUGCGCAGAUCGAGUUACUCCGCCUAGAUCAGCUGUCACAAAGUAACGCUCGUCCAAAUGAAGUUGAGCAAAAAAAAGCCAAGUUCGCUUACACUCGACAAGCAUGUGUGGCAACACACAGACAGAGACUCACGUACCAAACUUGUCGGUGUUUCUCCGAAGAGUACGGGAUACCAUUUUCAAUGCGCGAUAUCGGCGAAGUGUGGUGCCAUGAUUUGGAGACGAGCACGACCAAUAUUAUUCGCAUUGGUGAGACGCUGGAAUGCAUGGAGCGUAUAGCAAAUAUGACGGAUGAUGAAAUAAUCGAAAACCCGGGAUACUCGGUGAUCAAGUUCAUCAGUGAUUUAGGUGGCGUUUCUGGUUUGUACGUCGGAAUAACAAUGUACACUCUGGCGGAAGUGAUUGAUUUGGUCACGCAAUUCAUGUGCGUUUACAUUCCAUACUUUUGGAGUGCGACGAAGUUAGAAGUUUUGAAGAAGAAAAAUCUGGCCGCUCGCAUAGAACGUCGCUUAGCUACCCAGGCGAUAACAGAAGAUCCAAACUGA